CGCUCACUCAGCGCUCCAGUUCCGCUCCAGUCCAGAUCUGUGAGCUGCAGCUGAUGGUCCGUCAGUCUCCCUCUGACCUAACCACGGGAAGAACAUCUGCGCCUCUUCUCUUCUCGGGAAUAUCAGCUUGCCUUGUGCUUUCGACUCUAAUGAUGCGCUUUGCAGUUUGAUAAAACGGAAUUUUCAGUGCAGUGGUGGUUUCAUCAGAGCAUCACUGAAGGCGCAUUUGGUGAAGCUCUGCGUCAUUCCUUCAUAUCCAGCUCAUCUAGGCGAAGGCAUCGGGAAGUUUUCGAGGAAUAUCCAAGAGGACAUUGUUUUGGCUUGGGAUAAAAACCGCUCUGGCUGGAAAUUUGAACUGGAGACAAGCCGCUGAUAUCGGACACAUUUGAUUUUUUUUUUGCGCGCUCGGUUUAGUUGGGGAAGUUUUGUGCGGCAACAGCGGGAAAAACAAAACAAAACAAACAUGGGCUUAUGUGGUUAUGUAGUUGUGCCCUGGAGAUGCCUGGCAGUUCUGGCUCUGAGACUGCUCUUCCUUGUGCCUGCAGGAGUGCCAGCGCGGAGCGGAGACUCUUAUUUAAAGGACAACAUCACGGUGAGACAAGGGGACAGCGCCGUCUUAAAAUGCAAUGUGGACAGCAAGGUAUCGAGGGUAGCCUGGCUGAACCGCACCACUAUUCUCUUCACGGGGAGUGAGAAAUGGUCUCUGGAUCCGCGAGUGGUCCUGCUGAACAACACAGCAGUGACAGAGUACAGUAUAAAGAUCCUGGACGUGAACUUGCACGACGAAGGGCCGUACGUCUGCUCCAUCCUCACGAACAGGAAACCCGAGUCCACCAAAGUUCAUCUCGUCGUUCAAGUUCCAGCCAGGAUUGUGAACAUCUCCACAGACAUAACGGUAAACGAGGGCAGUAACGUCAGUCUCAUGUGUCUGGCAAUUGGACGACCUGAACCCAGUAUUAUAUGGAAAUAUCGCUCUGCUAGAGGUGCCAGAUUCAUCAGUGAGGGCGAGUAUGUUGAGAUGACUGCGAUCACCAAAGAACAGUCCGGAUCAUAUGAGUGCACCUCUUCAAACGACAUCUCACCCGCUGAUGUGAGGACGGUACAAGUCACAGUAAACUAUCCUCCGGUCAUUUCGCAAGCUCGCAGCACAGGGACGGCUGUCGGACAGAGAGGAGUGCUGCAGUGUGAAGCAUCAGCUGUUCCGCUUGCUGACUUUCAGUGGUACAAGGAAGAGCGCCGCCUUUUCAACGGCCUCAACGGAGUCAAAAUCGAAAACAAAGGUAAACAGUCCAUGUUGAUAUUUUUCAACGUGUCUGAAGAGGACUAUGGAAACUACACCUGUGUGGCCAUGAACACGCUGGGAAUCACAAAUGCAAGCAUAAUCCUGUACGGCCCAGGAGCGAUACACGAUGUGAACAGCGCUGCACUUUCUCCAUCCAGCUCCGUCUGCCCACUGCUCACACUCAUUCUCUUUUAUCUCAAGUUUUGAUGCUAGAGACACCAACAACUGCAUCAGCUCUUCUCGGCAUAACACAAAGACAGACUCAAAGUCCCAUCAUUAGAAACAAACCACUAUUAUUGUUAUUAUUUGGUUUGAACUUUGUUUUUUUUUUUCCUUCCAGGAGUUGGGCUAGAAAAUAGAUUUGGACAAUGAGUCUGUCACAUGAGAAUGUGAGACUGCACAGGAUAGGGUUCUGUGACUAGCUGGUAAAUAUAGUGAUCUCUUCAUUUUUUUUUUUUUUUUUUUUUUUUUUUUUUAAAUGUCAAAGAAAAGCAAAAAGUCACUUGAUCGUAAAAAAAAAAAAAAUUAAUAAAUAAAUAAAUACAUGGAUGGUUUUUGCUCGGUAUUGAAAUGUGUGAGUCGAGAUGUCCGUGUCAUGUCAGCUUUCCUUGUAAAAAAAAAAAAAAAAGAAAAAAAAAAAAGAAAAAUAUGGGGUUCUUGCAAUGAAUUCUUCUUUUUAAAUAAUCAACAAAAGUGCAAAAAACCAUGUGAUAUUUGAUUUACUGUACCUGUACAGAUGUAUACAGUGGAAUACUUACAGUUCAUUUGAAUAUGAGUGAGGUCAGUCUGUGCGUAAUAUAGCUCACAUUUCCUGAAGAAAAGAGAAAAAAAAAAAUAAUAAUAACAGUCUGGUGUGUAUUAUAAUGUUCAUCUGUCACUGAAAUAAUGUUCUGAUUUUGUAAAGGACUGCUGCAUUACCACACACAGACAGUAGGUCAGUAGGUUAGUCAUCUUACCUGGUCUUUUUAGAUCCUUAUUUUAGACACUCUUUACAGUAAUAUAUACACAUGUAGGUUUAGGAAGUAAGAAACACACUGGAUUUGCAACAUUUGAUGCAAGAUUUGUGCACAUUAUACUUCUGCAGAUGUUAUCUACAUGUGGAACGAGGCCCUAAAUACCGCAUGUGUAUUCAGAAAAGCGAAAGCGUAAUUAUUAAUAUACAGUAUACACUUUCCCUGCAUUUUCCUGUGUAAUUGGGAAAUUUCCUGUUCAAUAAUGGUGAUCAUUAUAGAUUAUAAAUAGGGAUGCACUGAUAGCAAUCUUUUUCCAGACCAAAUAAGAAUAUGAGUAUGUGUUUCGGUUCUCGUCAAUACUGAUAAACUGAUACUUAAAUGAGUAACCGACGUACUAUUACGCAAUUCAUCACGUGACAUUUUACUUAGCCUUUGUUUACGUUGGGUGCUGCCAUCUGCUGCUGGUUAUGCUCUCCUCAUGCUAGGUUAUAGAUUAGAGAUAUUUUAUAAGGUUACUUGUAGGACGAUGCUCUGCUUCUUCCUGUUGAUAUUUUCCCUCAGCACAGUUUGCAGUCUGCUUUGCUUUGAUUGCCAUUAAUCGUGAAAUACGUCCAGAUCGUUGUCAUUUUUGUGUCGUCUGUACACUCGGCUUACCUCAUAUAGUAUCACACGAUAUCAAAUGUUAGUAUUGGAUUAAUGAGCUCUGACCGAGCCUGGUACUGAACUGAUACAUGAUACCCCGUACUGGUAUCAAUGCAUCCCUAGUUAUAAUAUUAACAGCUCACAAAUGAGAAAAAAAAAAAAAAACCUUUGUUUUUUUUUUGUUUUGUUUUUAAACGUAUGUUUUUAUCAUUGUUUGUUUCCACUCUGUUGAGGUAUUUUACCAGUGUUCUCUCUCAGGUUUUAAGGGAUGACUUUAAUUUUUGUGUGCCUGUGAAUGUCUAUGCUUAAAUCCUUAUGGCAAAGGAUAUUAAAAAUAAGGCCAACACCAUUAUUUGUUAUGGUUAUUAUACAUUAUUUAUUACACUAUAUUCUGAGAGAUGCUUUAGCUGCAUUUUAUUCCCAUGCCUUCACCAUGCAAUUUAUCCCUCUUCCUGCCCCACCCCGACCACCUACCAACACCCCUGCCACAUCCCCCUGUGUAUCUCCUAGUGCGUAUACGUAACCUUGAUAAGCUUGCCACUGUCUCUGUCACACCUCUGCACCUGUUACUCUCUCUCUCUGUCUCUCUCUUUCACUCUCUCUAAAGGCAGAGCUCAAAUGCAGUCAAAACCUUAAUGAGGAGAUUUGGAUGCUUCCCAAGGAGAAACAGUUAUCAGCCCAUGACAUUACACUAGCUAGCCACAUACACAUUCAUAUGCAAACACACACACACACACACACACACACACAGACAGACAAAGAGAGUGAGAGAUAUACAGUUCUACAAGAGCUUAGGAAUGAGAACUUGUACACUAAGGAUUUUGCAAGAACAAACAUCACUAUCUUCUACUCCACAGUGUAACACACACACACACACACACACACACAUGAAUCUGCUGCAUAAUUCUCAAAACAUACCAGUUUUUCCUAAGUUCUUUAAAACAUAUUAUUAUUAUUAUUAUUAUUAUUAUUAUUAUUAUUAUUAUUAUUAUUAUUAUUAUUAAAUGCUGAGGGACUUUUUUGUCCUUGAGAGGAAUCGGCUGUUUUAAUUUAAGGACAUUUAGUGGUAAAAAAUUUAACUGGAAUCCCUUCAAAUGAAAUUGUAAGAAAUGCUCCAGCUUCUAACUCCACCACUGUAAGUUCAUCCAAGUUCUCUCGCGCAAUUUCUGUCUUUUUAAUUCCACUCCUCUCUCUGGUGACCUGCAUUGCUUCUGAUUUAUGCUGCAGAGCUCAAGAUAGGAAGGGUAUGUACUAUGGGACACAUUCCAAACAUUGCUUAAAUAUUUUAUAAAGCAGAACUAGCAGAUUUGUGAAAGGGUCCUGUCAAACUGCAUGAGGUUGCAGGAGAGUAUUAAUAUGGGGAGAUUGUGUAAAACGAAUACUUUGAAUAAAUGUACUCAUUGUCUUGCAACCUAGUAGGCUGAGCCAAACAACAGCACGGAUACACCGUGCCAGUCAAAUGCUUCAAAUCGCACCAUUUUUAGAAGCCUUUAUUAUCACCACACAUACAUUACAGCACAGUAGAAUUUUUUUUUCUUUGCCUAUCCCAGCUGUGGAAGUUGGGGUCAGAGCGCAGGGGCAGCUAUGAUACAGCGCCCAGAGCUGUAGCAGGGAGGGUUAAGGGCCUUGCUCAGCUGACCAGCAGUGGAGCUUGAUGGUGCUGGGGCUUGAACACCGAUCCUCCGAUCAACAACCCAGAGCUUUAACCACCAGAGCCCUUCCUCAAUAAAAAUUAUUAAAUGAUUUUUUUUUGGAAGAAUUCAAUUUUAAUUGGUUUGGAUUGAAUAUGAUACUCUAAUUAGGCACUAAAGAUACUGCAUAUUUAUGUUUCAUAGUUAACACUAAUACUGACUCCUAAAGGGUUAUUUUUUUUUGCUGUUGUUUCUGUUUUGUUUUGUUGUUGUUUUUUUUGCUUGUACCAAUAAUAGACACAAAUCUGUAAUUAAACAAGAGAUUCCAGGUGUUCAAAAACUUUUGACUGGCAGUGUAUUAAAGAUGUCCACAGUGAAGUAUCCACCUGUCAUCUUACCUUCUGGAACAUGUAUUUAUCUACUUUAUAUAUGAGCAGGGAGUGGGAUGUCCCUCAGCUUGAAGCAGUGCUGGUCAAUCUGCUUUAAAAAUCUAUUCUGAAGUAUAAUUAGAGUGCAUUUUAGCACAGUGCUGUCGAAUUCUCUUUGUGGAUUGAUCGGAAGUUUGUUUGUUGAGUUUCCUAGAACAGCCGCUCUGGUGGUGGUGCCGGCUGCAUGGCAAAUCACAGGUGUAUAAUAAUGCGCUCGUUCUAAUGCAUUGCUGUUGCUAUAGUAACAGAUCGUUCGCAAUUGUAUCUCACCCGAUUCCUGAGAGUCCUAACUAUCAUAGAAAGGUAUUGCAGCUUAAUGCGUUGGGUGCACUCUUAUGAAAAGGGUUCUACAAGGGGUUUUUUUUUGGUUUGCUUCCUUAGUUAAAACGCCAUCAAAUCAACCUUUUCUGAGUUUGUACAGUUCUUUAUAGAACCUUUAACAUUUCCUUCAGAUGAGCAACCGAAGAACAGUGACGUGUUCCAGAUUUGACUUGAUAUUGUAUAUUUUUUAUUAUUGUUUUUCCCUAACUCAUCUCACGUCAAUGAAUGGUUUCUUAAUUCAUUCAUUUCUCAAUUUGGACCUCACUUUCAGACAUGAAUUUUACAUAUCAUAAGUCUUUCAAAAAUCAUUGCCUUAUAAAUGACGUAUAUGAAUGCGUCAUAAAGGCCCUAUAUAUAGGUACCUAUUAAAAUACCAGACAAUUCAUUUAGAAACUGUGCUUUAGAAAUCUAAAUCUGAUAUACAGUAUAUACUAUACUGUGGAGAAGUCUUAGACGCUGGGUUUUUUUUUAAGAACAAAUUUUGUCUGCGUUUUAUUAAAUUUCAUUUUCUGACCUGCGUUACUGAGUAAAAAAUGUAAACAUUACAUCAUUACAUUUCCAACAAAACUUGUCAGGAAAGAAGGUAGCACAUUCAAGCUGUAUCACCCGAGGUGUUGUACUGACUCUCAGCACUGCAGUGAUGCAGCUGUAUGUAAUUGAAAGUGUGAUAUCGAUUUUAUACAAAUCGAUAAAUAAGGAAAUAAUAUCAAGUAACUGAUAUUUCAGACACAAUAUGGCCAUAUAUUUAUUUUUUUUUGCUGUGACAAUGAAAAUAAGCCACAGACGAAUAGUGUUUCAUGUUGUCAUGUAGCAUACAAACUGACUGACAGUAUAGUAAUGGUUUUAUUACUACACUUACUAAUUAACUAUUGCCAGAUAUUUUGUAUUGCAAACAAAUAAUGAACAGUGAGAAGUGAAACAGUGAUGUUAUAAAUAUCAGCACUCUUGGAACACCACUUGUCCAAUCAAAUUAGCGGACCAGACCUAAGCUCUGUAAUUGCAAUAAUAGGCCACUUUUCAGACAAAAAUAAAGAAAUAAAUGAAUGAAUUAUGGCUAAUUUUUAAAAAGAAACCUGUAGCAAAUCCACUUGGAAAACUUACCAGCAAUAUAUAAAAUGUACUGAAAACAAAAACAACAGUUUAAGUAGUUGAUGUACAGUUUCCUGCCCUUUAUAAAUGAUUUUUUUUAUGUAUAAACAUUUUUUAUAGCCGCCUUUACUUCACAGCAUUGCUUUGCAUGUGCCUAAGACUUUCACACUGUAUAUUAAAUAAGUGAACCAGUAACUGCUGCAUUAAUGAAGUGUAUGUAAGGAGACUCAUGGGCUGCUUUGUCAUUUGCACAAAUUGCUAAUUUGCUAUUCGAAAUCAAAAUCAUUUACACCAAGGAGGAUGACUUCCUCCUUAACAUAAUAUAUAGAGAAACAAGUAUCUAUUAAUUUCCUUAUUGUGCUUUUGGCACAUGUCUGACAAGGUUUAACCUGAUAAAUGUGAAAAUGCCUUAAACACUAAAACAAACUCAUGCAUUUUGUUUUCCCCAGAGUGUUGAAGUAUUUACAUUUCUGGCAUACACCCUUAUCGCGAGCGACUUACAAUUUAUCUCAUUUUAUACGGCUGAGCAAUUGAGGGUUAAGGGCCUUGCUCAGGGGCCCAGCAGUGGCAGUUUGGUGGCCCUGGGAUUCAAACUCACAACCUUUCAAUCAGUAAUCCAACACAUUAACUACUAAGCUACCACAUCCCCCAUUUUGGUAAGUAUUUCAGUUUGAAUAGAAGAAAGAACUGCAAAUAUACUGCAUGUAGGCUGUGCAUACGCAUAUUUACACACUGCAAACCUGCGGAAAGAAUCAAACAAGCUAUUUCUGUUCACACUGAAUAUAACAAUUGCAAGUGAACAUACGGGUUGUACUACAAGAUAUUUCUGUGUGUUCAAUUAUCACGACUUAUGUCAAGAUUUUUUGAUUUCGUUUUCCCAAGGUGCCGUGCUGUCAUUGAUGAAGUGUAAAAAUGCAGCUAAAGGUGUUGGAUGUCAGGUUUCAAUUAGAAUUAUUGUUACUUGGUUUGUAAAGCUGCACAAAUCCUAAUUAUUGUACAUUAGAUUGUAAAUCCAGUGGAAGCUUUGUGCCAGCUAUGUGCUCAGACUGAACUGAAUGAGCUCAGCUGCCAAAUUAAUAUUUCUUCAUAAAUAUCGUGUCAGGGGCCUUUCAGAUUUUUUACAUUCUGUUUAAAAUAAGCAAUACUUUUACUCUUUGUCCCUCUAGGGGACACUUAUGUGACUUUAACACUGGGCACGUUUGCUGUGGUCUGAAUCCGAGUGUGAAUGUUGUCCAAAUUCCGGCACCCCUGUGCAGGGGCGGACUUAACCAAUAAGUGAGGUAAGCAGCCGCUUAGGGCCCCGGGGAAUUAGGGGGCCCCGACCAAUACCAAGAAGCCUAAAUAAAUCAUAUAGUACUUAUUACUUUCCUAUCGUAUAUUGUAUGGUCUGUCUAUGACCAUUAAGAUUUUAAUACCCCCCCCCAAACACACACAACUUGAUUCAUGAAUAGUGGAACGUUCCUAUCGUACUGCACAUGCGUGAGAUUCCCAUACCUGGAAUCACUUAGGGCCCCCUAAGUCCGCCCCUGCCCCUGUGUAGCACUGGUUUCAUUUCAGACUCACUUGAAACCUCAGUACAUUUCUGUUCAUCUAAUGUGGUCACAAAAAUACACGUACAAUAUGAUUCACCAGUUUUUUGUAUUUCUUUUUUCUUAUUUUGAUGCAGUAAAAGAAUCUCAUCUUUUCUGUGUCCCAGAACAAUCCCUUGGUACCAUCAGAUGUUGUGGAAAUUAAUAAUUAAUGCGCAGGUUACUUUACUUCCUAAGUAAGUGCAGAUCCGAGUGCGAGUUAUGGGAAUCGUGAUUUCUUAUGUGGCCACCCUGAGCUGUAUUACUGUCAUAUACCAGUGUUAUGCUUUUUAUACCAUAGCAAUUUAUUUGCCGUUGCUAUUUGUUAUUUACAAGAAGAGGAAAAUGUCCUACUUUUAAUCUUUUUGUAAGCCCACAAUACAAGUUAUCAUCUAUAAACAGUUCCCUCAACGGUCUAUUUAUUCUUCUUCUUUUUUUUUUUUUGGAGAUAAUAAGAAAAAAUUGCAGCCUGCCAUGUUAAUGACACCACACACUGGAAAUCCUGAACACUCUCCCAUAGUGGAAAACUUACAGCUAUACCUUAGACAUAGAGAUCCGAGUACGAGUCAUGGGAAUCGUGCCACAAUGCACUUCUAGGUCCGCAUGACAGUUUUCACUCUACCAGUUUUUCAUGCAUGGCCUGCUCUAUUUCCGACUAAACCGCCAGUGUGAAAGCUCUCUUAAACAUUCUAACUAGAACUCUACAAAAGAGGCUUUUCCUUUUCAGGGUGGCUCUCUUUCAACAGUCACAAAUCACCAUUUAGCAGCAUUUAUUCAGCAGUGGUACAACCACUCAACUACAACCACACUUGAUAUCCUGAGAGUAAAUUUAACUCUAAUUUCACCCAAAACACACUCUGCAUCCUUAAUGCUAAAACAAGGGUGUCUUAUCCACAGUGGGCUGGUGUGCAUUCAGGUUUUCAUUCCAGUCAAACAGGAGCCAGGCCUGAUUCCACCUGUUUAAUCAGUACAUUUUGGCUUUCGAUAGGCUUGGUUGGAAUAAAAAUCUGCAGCCACACAGACACUUUCUGGAUAAGAUUAAACACCCCUGUUGGAAAAGAAUUGAUGUUUUGAGGUCUUUAUUAUCCAGUCUGAACACAUCAGUCUAUGUGCUUUUACACAUAAUGAUUUUAUACAACACAAUGUGACGUGCUGAAUAUAUCGGGAAAUAAUUGUCUUAUGUGGUCACCCUGAGCUGUAUUAUUGUCAUAUCCCAGUGUUAUGCUUUUUAUACCAUAGCAAUUUAUUUGCCGUUGCUAUUUUUUAUUUACAAAAGAGGAAAAUGUCCUACUUUUUAUCUAUUUGUAAGCCCACAAUACAAGUAAUCAUCUAUAAACAGUCAUUCCCUCAACAGUCUAUUUAUUCUCUGUUUUUUUUUUGGAGAUAAUAAGACAAAAUUGUGCAGCCUGCUAUAUUACUGAGAUACCACAAACCGGAAAGCAUUUCAUCCUGAACACUCUCCCAUAGUGGAAAACUUAAAGGUAAACUAGACACUGGAGCAGACACUGGAGACUUGUCAGAUUUCAGUCUGCUUGUGUGGAAUGUACAGUAUACAAGUCCUUCUGUACUGUGCACGUUAAAUAAAACCUGUGAUUUGCCUCUCAGCCAAGCGACUGUCUGAGACAUGAUGGAAAUAAAGCAACACCUUCUGAACAAGCUGAAUGGACAAUUCAGCUGAUAGAUGAAAUAAUAAUGAAUAAAAAGUUGUUGGCUCUUUUUCCACUAACACACGAUUCUAACACUUAUCGAACUACUGCAAUGUGUCUCAGUGUCCUUUAAAAUAUGCAUCAUCUAUUUCUUAUCCAGGUUUGUCUCGGACCUGUUAAAACUGUAGGGCAGCAAGAAAGCGAACGAUUCUCGCAGAAACGCUUCUGUGUGCAUGUGCAGAUGUUGAUGUUUUUUAAAAAAAUUGGAGUAUGAAUAUUGUAUCUGUCCUGUGUAAUAAAGUUCAGAAUAUUUUCUUCUACUUUUGGUUUUAUUACAUAAAGAGAUUUGUUUUGUGAAUAGCACUGAUAAAAAUUUCAUUGAACCCUUCUGGUGCCAGCAUGAACAACUCACCCAGAUAAAGCUUUAAAGAAGUUUCUGUGAGGUAAAACAAUAGCAAAAACGAGAAAUAAAUAAAAAAUCAUAUCCGUGAUAUUAUU